AUGCCUGCAAUGGACAUAUAUGAACUGAAGCCACAGAAUUCAUUGAAAGGAACCAAGUAAGUGAACUCAAGUAAUUUUGGCUUAUAAAUUUGUCAGAUGUACGGAUCGGAGUGAAUUAAAAGGAUUUUGAUUGCACUAUAGGUUUCCUGAGUUCUUUUCAAUUUGAGAUUUUCCAUGACUUGCAAAUGAGUUUAUAUAUGUAAACUAAAAAAGAUUAAUUAAACACUUCAACAUUUUGAGGUAUAAUAUAGUGACUGCCUGACGGUGGCCCUUCGCUCGGAAAUAAAGUACAACACAAACCACGUUUGAGAUAUCUUUUCCAGGUAGUUCAGAUACAAACCACGACAGCUUAUUGUAGAAUAAUACCUACACUGGAUCACCACGUAGUGAGAUAUCUUUUUCAGGUAGUUCAGACACAAACCACGACAGCUUAUUGUAGAAUAUACUACCUACACUGGACCACCACGUUUGAGAUAUCUUUUUCAAGUAGUUCAGACACAAACCACAACAGCUUAUUGUAGAAUACUACCUACACUGGACCACCACGUUUGAGAUAUCUUUUUCAGGUAGUUCACACACAAACCACGACAGAGUUAUUAUAGAAUACUACCUACACUGAACCACUACGUUUGAGAUAUCUUUUUCAGGUAGUUCAGACACAAACAACGGCAGCUUAUUGUAGAAUACUACCUACACUGGACCACCACGUUUGAGAUAUCUUUUUCAGGUAGUUCACACACAAACCACGACAGAGUUAUUAUAGAAUACUACCUACACUGAACCACUACGUUUGAGAUAUCUUUUUCAGGUAGUUCAGACACAAACCAUGACAGGUUAUUGUAGAAUACUACCUACACUGAACCACCACAUUGAGAUAUAUUUUUCAGGUAGUUCAGACACAAACCACAAUAGCUUAUUGUAGAAUACUACCUACACUGGACCACCACGUUUGAGAUAUCUUUUUCAGGUAGUUCAGACACAAACCACGACAGCUUAUUGUAGAAUACUACCUACACUAUUCCAUCAUAGAGUCAAAUACGAAACAAAAACGAGACUCGACAUCGUUAAUUAAUAAGAGAUGACUGAGAAUAUAACCGUCAGGUGAUGCCGGUAGACACCUGAAUUAUACUGUGUGCUUACAGUAUAAUGCGGCGACUUUUAACACAUAUGCAUACUUUAAAUUCCUACCUUUGGCUUUGCUCAGCGUUGAAUGUUGUUAUACAGAAUAUAAACUGUGCUAUAUUAUAAUAUUAAAUAUGUAAAUUUUAAACCUAAAACAGAAGAUAAUAUAAAAGUUGCUUGCUUCAAAUUUAACAUGACAAAAGAGUUCAGACAAAUAUUGAUUUAUAUAUCGUGUUAUUUUUCAUCACUAAAGACCAGUAAAUGCAGACUAAACAUCAUGGACAAUCUCAUUUGACAAAUGCGGAUAAAAGCAACUUUUUAUUAAAACUUAAGCCCCGUUUACACUACGCUCAAUUUUUGGCACUGCACGGAUAAAAUUGAUGCCCGUAUACCACUUUUUUGGUUCUUGGACUAUUUAGGUAGUCGAAGAACCAAAAAAGUGGUACGGCACCAAAAAUCAAGCGUAGUGUAAACGGGGCUGUAACCAUACAAGUGCAAGAAGAAAUUUUUGAACUCCAGGAAGUCUAUGAAAUGCAUGCUCCUAUCUAUUCUUAUACUUCAAACACAUACAUAAGUAUAUCAGUCUUGUAUGAUUGAGAAUGUCUCCAAAAAUGAGGUUUUAUAUGAAGGCUUUUUUGCUUGAUAGAAGACAUAACGCAUAUUUUAACACAUUUCGCUACAUUAAAGGCAAAUUUCCACUCAGGAAAAUUAUCCGUGGAUUGGAACGGACAUGAAAAUUUUUCUUUGUGUUAAAGUCAUUAUAGUUCCAACCCAGAGCUCACAAGACAAAGAAAAAUUUUCUUGUCCGUUCCAAUCCACGGAUAAUUUUCCUGAGUGGAAACUAGCCUUAACUUCAAAACCACAACCGAAGCAGACGUGAAUCUCUUUGAAUUGCCGUAAUCAGCUCAUGAUGUCCGCCCUCACCCAAUUCAUUCAAACAUACAAUUGAAUGGCAGACAUGCGAGUUAUCUAUAUAGAAGAGGAAUAUACUUUUCCUUAAAUAUGUGAUAUACAUAUGCCUCUAUAAUUUAUAUUCCUACCUUUAUAACUUAUAUUCCUGCCUCUAUAAUUAGUAUUCCUACCUUAAAAUUUCUAUUUCUAAACGAGCUAUCGACGGGGUGCCAGCAAAUAUUCCAAUUGUGCUUCACAUGCAUGUUCAUAUUCGUACCGUAAAUAUUUCACAGUACCUUAAAAACUCUCAUCAACUCUCAUCAUGCAGCUCUCAUCAACUUUGAAUUGAUUCAAAUUUGAUGAGAUUUGAUGAGAGUUUUCGCUACGUGCGAUAUAAUAAUAUCCAGUCAACUCUCAUCAACUGUAAUGCAACUCUUGUUCUCGUUUAAUUGAUCGGGGCAUGAGAGUUGAGAAAACUCUCAUAUAAACUCUAGCUAGCCAACUCGUGUUCUCGUUUGAUCGGGGCAUGAGCCAUGAGAGUUGAGAAAACUCUCAUGUAAACUCUAGCUUGCCAACUCUUAUUCGCGUUUGACCAGGGCUGUAUGUACGAUAUUAUAUGUACUAUUUAAAGCACGCGUAGGAGUGUUUUAUUACAUAUAAAACACGACGCGUAGCGGAGUGUUUUAUAUGUGAUAAAACACGACUAUACAAGUGCCUUAAAUAGCUUCAAAAACGACUCAUCUUAUACGAGUUCAUAGUUGGCGAAGUAAUUCAGUUUAAAAUAAACUUUGUCUAAACCGAGAAAAUCAAAGCUAAAGUUUAUGUAAAUUAACGUGAUUUUUUAUCACAUAAAACCACGACACGCUUAUGAUUUUUAUUUGUUUGCUCCUGAAUUAUUAAUGAGUUUUGAAAUAUGUAUAUAUAUAUUUGCAUGUAUUCGAUGGAAACAAGUUAAUUGCACAAGCAGCCUAUGGCUUUUUAAAUUCAUUAAACUCAUAGAUAAAAAUGCUAUUUGCUCACUGUAAACUGUAAGUUAUUGUAUUCAAACACAGCUGGUGAUAACAUAAUGUAUUGGGCUAUAUGUGCUUUUCGAAAGUUCCCAGUAUUGUAUAUUUUAUUAAAAAAGUUCUGUCUCUGCAUAAUCAGAAACUAUAUAUCAAAGUUAAUGACAGACUGACAGAGCAGAAAGCUUAAUAUCAAUACAAUUGAGGUAUAGGAUGCUUACAAAUGUACAAAACUUCAGGGUAUGUAUUUGCUCUCCUAUACUCUAUAUUUACCGUGUUAAAAAGUGAUUUUAAUAUUGCAUCAAAUGUGGUGGUCCAGUGUAGGUAAAGUUAUACAAUAAGCUGUCACAGGUUUGUGGGGUCAAAUAGUAUUCUUCAAUUAUAAAGGAUUAGAGCGAAGGUCUAGCUUCUGCUGUAGAUGCUAAUAUGGCAGCUGCAGCUAAUAUCCACUAAUUUCCAAUAAAUCUCCUCACAUUUUAAUAUUUUUUGAGAAUACUAUCAGACUGCGAGCAAUCCCUCUACUUUCCUUCGUUUUAUAGUUUCCCUGACUAAGACUGAACGCGCGGGAAAUGCAAAGGGGCGGAGACGAAAGGAAACUAUAAAACGAACUAAGAAAAUAUAUGGAUUACUAGAGACCUUACAAUUUUAGGACGGCAACGGCUACCAUGCAAUAAAUCAUUGAAACGAAUUGAGUAAUUACAACAUAUGAAUAAUUUAGACAUUGUCCUCGCUCGGUUUACAACGCUAAAUCACAGAUUUUCACGUCUUGAUACAACGGCUGCAUGCCAAGCCACAACAAGUGCAACUUCAAACUGGGUUUAGCAGAACUCUUCCCAACCAUGUCUUCAACUUCUAAGACUAUUGAAUUCAUACGAUUGAUAAUAUACGACGAACUAUCUUUACUACCAUUUAUUUGAAGGAGUUUGUUUUGGCCGUCGCGUUGCCGUCCUAAAAUCGUAAGGUCAAUACUAUCUACACUGAGCCACGGAAACAGCUUAGUUAACUGAGUAACAGUAGAUUCAAAUUCUCUCAUUUCAGGAAGCUCUCGACGACACCUAACUACGAUGUAAAAUUUGAGAGAGAAAUUUACCUGCCAAAUGCGUCCUAUUUCAGCAAAAAUCUCCCGAAAAUGAACGAAGCUCAACAGAGCGAAAGGAAUUCGGAUGAAAAAGAAAACAUUCCUAAACUGAUUCGAAAUUUUCUUGGUUAUACAACAGCACAUGGAUUCAGUCGUUUGGAAGGUUCGGAAGGCGUUUUCUGGAAAAUAUUUUGGGCUCUUGUCUGUGUGGGAUCAUUUGGAAUGUUUACAUAUCAAGUGCGCGGUCUAUUUUUGUUGUACUUAUCACGGCCUGUGACGACCAGUGUACGAAUUACUUUUGAAAAGGUGAGAGCUGGUGGCACAGAGUUUAGUACAUGGGUGACACAUAGUGAUAGUGUAUGUGUAUUUCAUCUCUGUGACUGGGCUUCGAGUCCCCAGCAGAUUCGCUCCAUUGAAAAGAAUCCUUUCAGUUGGACGCAUCUCCUUCGAUAGAACUAAACUUUAGUGCAAUUUUUGCUGUGAUGUUCGGUGCAAUUUUCCUCUUCUGAUCGAUGUGAACACGAGUGGACGAGUUAUGAAUGUUCGAUGAGGGUAGAUAUAUACUCAGAACAAUGAAAGCUCAUCUGCUCGUUCACAUAUAUCAGAAGUAGAAAAUCACAGCAAAAAUUGCAAGUAGAAACGGGCUCCCUGCAUGCGAUUCCAGCACUCUAACCGUCUGACCAACUGAGUCCAGUUAUUUGAGCGCUACAUCGGAAUCACAGGCCACAGGUUUGAUUCCUGCCUAUAUAUAGUUCAUUUUUGCAACUGCUUCUGGUUACGUGAAAAUGUUCAUAAACUUGCGUCGUAAAACAAACACCACAGGUUUUCUUUCGGCGCUCUGGUUUCCUUCUGCAACACUAAACCAAUACGGGAGAACCUCUAGAUAGUUUUGAACUAAACGAGCUUUUUCUUUCUAUUCCUAUAGCAAGUGCCGUUUCCAGCAGUGACAAUCUGUAAUCUAAACAUGUUACGAACUAAAGAAAUCCCGAAGGAGCUGAAAGAAGAAAUGUUAAAUUUAGUUGGUGUUUACAACACGUCGUCUGCUUCUAGUAAGUUUGUGUUUGUCCGAGGGUCUCUCCAUAUGAGCCCGCGGUUUGCCGGGAAAGAAAUAUUAUCAGCCAAAAUAUGUCGAAUUUUCCAUUAUUUAUAGUUGUAUAAUACAUUAUAGUUGCAAACAAUGUUUGUGUUCUGAAUAAAUAAUCUAUAGAUUAUUUAUUCAAAACACAAACAUUGUUUGCAAAUAAUGUAUUUUAUAAUAUAGCAUUUGUAAAUUCUGAACGCUGAUUGGCUAAGAGCCGUGUUGAUAUAACUCAAUAUCAACACAGAAAAUUUCUUUCUUUAUAUUUCUUUGUGCUAUAUUAUAAAAAAAUUAUAAAACAUUUUUUCUGUAUUGAUAUACAUGCAGUUAUAUCAACACUCGUGGAAAUUGGGAAAACUGGAAAUUAUGUGGAAACAAUCAACACACAAUUUCUAGUUUAUUUCUAGUUUUAUAUUUGUUAAAUAUAACUUUUUUUUUACAGUUGGUGCCCCAUAUAUAAGAGAGUGUUUUUAUCCCACCUAAUAUCCGGCCUUGUUGGAACAUCAUUAUGUAAACAUGACAUCUUUGAAAUAUUUUUUGUUGUAAUUGAACAAACUGCAGCUUGUAUUACAACUUGAAUAGUGUCUGUUUAUGUCUAUUAAUGUCUCUUUUCGUUUGUAUUUUCCAACGAUGCCGUUCAAUACGAUAUCAUAGGUCAAUAUUCAUUCCGGCCAGGUGGGAUAAAGUCUUGAAACGGAACAUUUUAUCCUACUAAAAGCUUGACUGAGAUCUAGCGCAAGGUUAGAUCUCUCUCAGCUGGGCUGCCUGGUUUCUCAUAUGAACACAAAUUAAAUUUUAUAUGCGUUAACAAAGGCCAUGUAGAUCACUAGAUCUCAUUCAGGCGAGUGUCUCAGUUGGCUGCGCUCAUGUGAACAGGCUCUUAAAUGCAGGUGGCAGAUGCAACUGGCGCGUUACCACUCAUUGAGUUAAUUAACCAUGCUACAUGCAUAUUUCUUUUCUUAGACAGUACAAAAGCUCGGAAACGUCGCGAUAUUGCUGGAUCAAACCCGCCUCCCACAACCACUCCCACAACCAAAUCGCUAACUACAUACAGCGAUGCUGUAGGCGGCACUCAAAAUCCGCCUAGCCCUAGUCCCUCGUCCCCAAAGUUCGGGACAUUUCAUACAACUAAGAAGCCUGAAGACCCUGCAUGGUAUCGAACUACAUCUCGCCCGUACACAACAUGGAACCCAUGGCAGCAAACAUCUUACAGACCCUACUCCCAUAGACCCUCGCAUGGCCUUCCUUACAACGAGUACAAAGACGCGGACAGGGAGUACCUUCCCACGAAAGAUGAAAUCAAUGAGAAUGUCCUAUUCCUGGAACGAUUUACAACAGCUGUUACUAAAGUUCCGAUAGAAAUUCUAAGACCUGCAGGACAUCAAUGGGAGGACCUAGUCACGGAGUGCACAUGGAGAGGUUAUGACUGUAAGAAUAG